AUGGGUUUCCUGAAAAGUCUGGGCGAGAAGGCCGAUAAGCUGGCGUUGUCUGUAACAAAUACCAUGGCCGCUCCUAUUACUCCGACGGCCCCGAUUGUGUUCCGGCAGGUGGUGUCCCUCGAAACUCCAAAGGACAGCGCCAACCUCCUCCACGCAUAUCAAAGAUGA